CCGUUACGUCACUCGGAGGCGCAGUCGUACGCCGCCGCGUGCGUCCCGGGGGCUUCUGGGUAGCGGCUUACCCCCGCCCCCUGCGUCAGCGUCUUCCUUUCACUCCCCGCCGCCGCCGAGGUCGCACGCGUGAGGCCUGUCCACCGCAGCAGCCAUGCGCUACGUCGCCUCUUACCUGCUGGCCGCCCUCGGGGGCAACUCCUCCCCCAGCGCCAAGGACAUCAAGAAGAUCCUAGACAGCGUGGGCAUCGAGGCGGACGAUGACCGGCUCAACAAGGUCAUCAGUGAGCUCAAUGGUAAAAACAUUGAAGAUGUCAUUGCUCAGGGUGUCGGCAAGCUCGCCAGUGUACCUGCUGGUGGGGCUGUGGCUGUCUCUGCUGCCCCUGGCUCUGCAGCUCCUGCAGCCGGCUCUGCCCCUGCUGCCGCAGAGGAGAAGAAAGAUGAGAAGAAGGAAGAGUCCGAGGAGUCAGAUGAUGACAUGGGAUUUGGCUUGUUUGAUUAAAUUCCUGCUCCCCUGCAAAUAAAGCCUUUUUAUGUACUA